AUGGCCACCAACGGGAUUCAAGAGGCCUUCGCGCCCAACGACGUCUUGUCGGCAAUGGUGACCAUGCGCGGCGGCGAGCAAGAGACAAAGAAGAAGGCGCACGCCUACCUGGAACGUUUCCAGAAAUCUAAAGAUGCAUGGGGCACCAUCAUUGGCAUCCUUCAGUCCGACGCAGAGCCCGAGGCCAAGCUCUUUGCGGCUAUUACUUUGCGCGGAAAGAUUACUUACGACUUGACGACGCAAGUAUCGGAAACAGAGCUACCUGCGCUGCGAGACCAAAUCCUGCUCCUUCUGAAGCACUUUGCGCCCGGCCCCAAACCCAUACGAGUUCAGCUCUGCGUGUGUCUGGCGACACUGGCAGUGCAGAUGAAGGACUGGAAGGAUGUUCUUCCCACGGUAGUAUCAUCUCUCGGGGACAGCGUUGAGAGCCACGCCGCCAUUCUCGACUUUCUGCGCGUGCUACCCGAGGAGGUGACCGAAGGCCGCAAAAUCACCUUAACUGAAGAAGAGCUUUCCCAGCGGACCAGGGAAUUGCUGGGUGACAAUACGGACCAGGUCGUGCAACUGCUUAUUAACUACUCCCAAUCAUCUGCCUCUGCUGCUCAAAACCCCCAGUUAAUGGAGUGUAUUACAUCUUGGCUCCGUGAGGUUCCCGUCAGCAAUGUUGUCAAGUCCCCUCUUCUCGACGUUAUCUUCAACGCUGUGGGCAACGAUCAGGCUUCGCAGGAGGCCGCAGAAUGUCUCUGCACAAUUUUCCGGGAGACGAGAGACGUCGACGACAAUCUCGACACGAUACAAGCUCUCCUGCCUCGCGUUAUUGCUCUCCGUCCCAGGAUCGAGGCUGUUGUCAACGAGGAAGAUACGGAAGUAUACAAGUCCCUGACCAAGAUCUUCGCUCUGGCUGCAGAGGCAUGGGUUGUAGCUAUUGCCCGCGAGCCGGGACACUUCCGGCCUCUUGUCGAUUCAGUCUUGGAAUGUGCGGCCAGAGACAAGGACAGAGAUGUGAUUGAGCACACCUUCCAGUUCUGGUAUGAGCUCAAGCAGUACCUGACACUGGAACGUUACAUUCAGGCAAGAUUGGAGCUUGUCGACGUUUAUUCCAAACUCGUGGAUAUACUUCUGAAGCACUUGGAAUACCCCCAGUCAGAAUCGACAGACGAAACUGACUUGUUUGAUGGUGAUCGGGAGCAGGAGGAAAGAUUUCGCGAAUUCCGACAUCAAAUGGGCGACACUCUCAAGGACUCGUGCGAAGUAAUGGGCGUGACAGACUGCCUUACUAAGGUUCUUGAGGCUAUCAAGCUUUGGAUGCAUAAGUACGCCGGUCAAGCCACAGCAACUUCCGUUCCACAUUGGCAAGAGCUAGAGGCUCCGCUAUUUGCGAUGCGGGCAAUGGGACAGAUGGUCGAAAAGGACGAGAACAUUGUUCUUCCGCAGUUGAUGCCGUUACUCGUCCAGAUCCCUAGCCAUGAGAAGCUCCGGUUUGCCACUAUCAUGGUCCUCGGACGAUAUACGGAAUGGACGGCGGCCCACCCCGAAUAUCUCGAGCCGCAAUUCAAUUACAUCGUAACCUCGUUCCAGACAGACUCAAAAGAGGUUGUAAGGGCGGCAGCUAUGGCCAUCAAAUAUUUCUGCACUGACUGCAAGCAGCUCCUCAGCGGGCAAGUACUCCAGAUGCAAACAUUUUACGAUCAAAUACUCGACAAACUUCCCGAUAUGAGUCAGGAGGAAAUCACAGAGGGAGUGGCCAGUGUUGUUGCCGUCCAGCCGCCUGCUGAGAUUUACAAACUUCUUAAGCUCUACUGCGAUCCACUGGUUCAACGUUUGAUGAACAAAGCCAAUCUCGCCACUGACGACAAGGGCAAAUUGGCACUCGCUGACCAUCUUCAACUCGUCACUACAUUUGUGCAGGUUGUAGUGCCAUAUGUCGGACCUGGGGAAGAGAACCCCGCUGUCAAGUACUGGCAAGAGGUUUUUCCUGUGCUUGCCACGAUCUUGGACAAUUUUCUGGGAUUCGUUCCCAUUUGUGAAAGAAUUUGCCGGUGCUGGCGCAAUAUGAUCAUCUCUUACAGAACGGCUAUGACGCCGCUCUUGCCAGAGAUGGCGAACAAGCUGGCCAGUGGCUUCUCAGCCUCUCGCCAAGGCGCCUUUCUCUGGGUUACGGCAGCUAUACUUCGAGAGUUCUCGGAGGAUCGGGAGCACGUGGACCAGGAAAUCACGCAAAGCAUAUACGCCUUCUUCGAGGCGCAGACAACGACAUUCCUGCGCGUCAUGAGCGAGCUUCAGCCGGGCGAGGUGCCAGAUGUCAUUGAGGACUUUUUCCGACUGCUGAUUGACGCACUACUUUACUACCCGCAACGACUGAUACCCUCGGAGCUCCUGGGUCCGAUCUUUGAAGCAGCCGUCUUUGCUUUGACAUUGGAACAACGCGAUCCUCUCUCGGCUACGCUUCAUUUCCUUCGCGACCUCCUUACAUACGGCGGCGACAACCCGGCAACAUCAGAUGUUCUCCCUCCAGAUGUUGCUGCUCAUAUUCGCGAGGUCGUCAGUAAGUUGCUCAGCACACACGGUGAGAAACUGGUCAAGCAAGUCAUGGCAGGAAUGAUGAUCACCUUCCCCCGAGAUUGCUUCGCAGAUGGCAGCGGCGUUCUUCUGGCAAUGUUCCAGCUAUUCCCGGCCGAGACGACCACUUGGGUUGAGCGCACCAUCCAUCUCCUGCCACAGGGCACAAUCACGCCAGUCGAAGCAAACCGACUGAUGACUAAAAUCAAGGAGCGCCUGGGCGGUGAUGACCCUAGCGCAAUCAGACAAGUGAGAGCGCUUCUGCAAGAUUUCACCAACACCUACCGCCGGCGAUAUGUAGCUCCCCGAGAGGGUCUCGGCCAACUUGAGGCGGCGCGUUUCCACUUUUCGGGCUAA